AUGCCCAAGUUGGAACAAUUUGAAAUAAAAAAGUAUUGGCAGAUUUUUUCCGGUUUAAAACCUGAACAGAACAAGUUAAAUCAUGAUCAAGUUUUACCGAUUCUUUACAAUUCUAAGCUAGAUUCAUCGAUUUUGAACAAGAUAUGGUUCUUGGCAGAUAUCGACGAUGACGAUAAUCUAGAUUUUGAAGAAUUCGUCAUUUGUAUGCGACUCAUCUUCGAUAUGGUCAACAAAAAUAUCGACAGCGUUCCGGAAGAGCUUCCUGAUUGGCUUGUACCGGGCAGCAAAGCGAGUCUAGUCAAAGAACGUGCCAAGAGAAAGCAAGCUGAGCGUGAACAAUUGGGUUUACCUGGGACGGAAACCUCUUCCGAAAACCACAGAACGCCUGUCGUCGAACAACGCUCUGAGCCAAAACAGGUGGACUGGUACAUUUCUCCAGCCAAUAAAGAUCUGUAUACCAAGAUUUUCGAGAAAUGUAACGUCUUUACCGAUGGAACUGUGUCUUUCCCCAGUCUUGCCAAUGUGGUCAAAGCCGAGUUCCCGCAAGCGACCACGUCAGAAAUCGAUCAAGUAUGGAAUUUGGUCAACCCUUCCAAAUUGAAGUCUAUGAACAAGGAUCCUGCAGUUUACCUCAUCCACAUAAUCAAACAGAAAAGUGAUUUGGGCUGCUCGCUACCGACCGAGCUUCCUCAUGCCCUCGCAGAGAUUUGUAAACAGCAGAGAGCUUCUUACGACCUCAACUCUAGGCAGGCAGAAGUCAGACGCGGUCACAACAGCCGAAUCACCUCUUCCGAUAUUGCUUCUAAAAAACCUCCAGCGCUUUCCAGGACAAGUGAUCUGGAAUCUGCUCCAGAGGGCUCGGAUUGGGAAGUUGUGAAAUUGAAACAAGAACUCGCUGAAUUAGACUCAAAAAUGGCUGGCGGCCGAAGCCAAGAAUCAAGCGUUUCAUCACUUGCACAGGAUACAGAUGACCUACGAAAGCAAUUUGAGGAUUUGUUAGCUUACAAACAAGAACAAAUCACGAGGAGUCCCAAUGCUUAUCGCCCUCCAGUGAAUGCAUCCAGCGUGUCAGACGACAUUUAUAGUAUCGAACAACAAGUUGAUGUCUUGGAGCAAUACUUAUCGAGCAAGAAACAAGAAUUGGCGCACUUACAGGACGAGAUACGUUCUUUGAGGUGA